UGAGUAUUCUACGUAGCCUUCAGCACAACGUGAUGUAAGAGCUGAUACUCCACCUACGCUCCAGCUGCUGAUUGGCGUUACGCAGGUAUCCAGCUAUUAUUUAUUAGCCCAAAGCCUGGACGCCUCAUUUAUCCUCAUCGCAUCUCACUGCAGGAUCUAUCCCACUUUACUCUGCACCAGGGCGCGCGCAGCUCACUCUUUGACCAAACUAUCUGCUCGACAGAAAAACAGGUGGUGCUGAGAAAAUGAGGAGAGGUUUGCUGCUGGUGACUCUGUUCCUCAUCAUGAAACUUCGAUACAGCCAGUCCAGAUGCGAGGAGCCCGGAUCGCGCAGAUCAACUUCAGAUCAGACCACAGGCUUGGACAACCUUAAGAGGAACAUUCUAAAGAGGUAUAGCGAUUUGGAUUAUGACAGCUUUGUGGGUCUGAUGGGCAGAAGAAAUGCCGAUGAAAGUGCAGAGGCUGUACAGUCACCACAAAAAAGGGAAAUGCAUGACAUCUUUGUUGGUCUAAUGGGAAGGAGAAACUCAGAGCCUGAUAAUGGUCCCUGGAGGAGAGAGUAUCCAGAGAGGAGAGGCAUUUUUCUCAACAAGUGCAGGCUGAGGUUUCUUCAGGGGCUGUAGACAUUCAUUCUCUUUCUCAUCUGGAACAACGUCAGAAGAUCACAAACAACAAACUAAAUGUCUGAUGGAAAUGAGUAAAUGGCGUGAUUCACACUGUAAACCUGCCAGCUGGCUUAUGAAAGUGACCAUAAACUACACAGAUUGUAUUUAUUUUAUCUGAAAACAAAACAUGAUUAGUAGUGACAGCCGAUACAUGCUAUUUCUUUAUCAUGUUGUUCUUUUUCCUCUUCAAUAGUUCAAAAAUAAACAUAAUUUUUUAUA